AUGUUUAUAUUCAUAAAAUAUAUUUAUAUUUUAUUUUCAGUCUUUUUGUUUAUAAUGAAGAUAGAAACAACAAGUCUAGUGUCAUUCAGCCCGGUGGGAUCGUUAGUAGCACUGGGGACAAAAGCAAAGAUAUUGAAUAGUGAUUUUUCGUCUGACUCGCUGCUUCAGAUAAAGAACACUGAGACAGAUGAGACGAUCUUUACCAAGGUAGUUCCUUCUAGGUUUAACAGGCUAGAGUGGGGGAUGUAUGGAGAUAAAGUAUUUGUAGCUGGAGGAUUAGACGCAGGGAAUGUUACUUUAUUAGAUGCAACAGGAUUAUUAAGCGAUGACAGGGAAGAUCCUAAGGAGUUGGUAUUUAAAAACCAUGUGAAGACGGACGAUGAUAUUCUAGGAAUUGACUUUGCAGGUGCUAUGCCCGUGCUGACCACUGGUUCAUAUUCAGGAAAAAUUAUGUUAUGGAACUUAAGGACUCUUGAUAAGCCAAUGGCUCCCGGAAUAACCACAAAGUUUGAGGGGAUUAGCUGUCUGCAGUGGAACAAGAACAUGCCACAAAUACUUGCAGUGGGUACCACAGAUGGGAUGGUAAGCAUUUUAGAUCUGCGUGGGAAGAGUGAAGUGACAAGAAUUGGAGAUGCAUACUUCUCCAAGUCUGAAAUAACUUCUUUGCAGUGGGACCCAAGCCCAAACAGUGCCCAGCUGGCGGUCUCUUCUUCAGCACAGAAUUCAGUUAUUCUGUAUGACUUAAGAAUAUCAAGAGGAACUCCUCGACUAGAGGGGCAUACCGAGGGAAUUCUUAACUGUAAGUGGUCCAGGCAGGACCCAUCUCUUAUUGUAACAUGUGGAAGAGACAACUCUGUGAUUGCCUGGGAUGCAAAUACUUAUAAGAAGCGAGGAGUGGUUGUGGAGGAUUCAGUGUUCGACUUUGCAUUUAGCCCAGAGAAUCCAGAUAUGAUUGCAUACUCAUCAUACAAUGGAUAUGUGGUUAUGGAUACACUCACCUCAUUGAAUGCGCGCUCACCAUUUUUGGAUAAAGUGCCAGAGUGGCAGAAGCAGGGGGCAGGCCUGUGCUUUACUUCACAGGGUCUAUUUGUCUCUGAAGAAAAGGGACUUCGGCUUAGGAAAUGGAUUGACAGUGUUGACAAGAGCUCAUACGAAUGGAAAGUGCUGGAUGCCUAUGAAAGGGAGCACCCUCGUAGGGAAAUAAUGAAGAUUCUUAAUGCAAGCGGUGAGAAAAGCCCCAUUCUAGAACAGGCAGAGGAUGAAGCAGAAGAGUCUAGUAAACCCUCACAAGAAAGCAGUAUAGAAAUGGAUGAGGAAGAUCCUAUUACAGAAAAGCUUAUACAGGGAAAUUUCUCGGCUGCGUUUUCUUUGGCACUCUCAGAGAAUGCCCACUUAGCAGCACUCAUUGCUCUAUGCGAUGGAACAAAUGUGCUUAAAAGAGAAAAAGAAAGAAUUCUUAAGGCCCCAGGUGCAUCAUCCAGCUUUUUGCUAGUUCUUUCCAUUCUAUCGGGCGAUUACAGUGGACUGAUUAAGAACAAUGUAGACUGGACAGUAAUUAUAAAGAUUUUAGGAAGCCACUGCACAGAUGAGGAGUUUAUUCCUAAAGUACGGGCAGUUGCCGAGUGCCUUGAGAAGACCGAUCUAGACUCUGCUAAAAUCUGCUACCUUAUUGCCAAGGAUGUGCAGAAGUAUCAGGAGAUUGAGGAGAAGAAGGCAGAAAAGCCCAAAAGCAUUAUUCAGUCUGUUGAGUUCUUUAAGAAGUUUGAUAAAGUUUUCACAAUUGUUGAAAGAGGUGCACAGCUAAUGAAGCAAAAAAUAUCUGUAGAUCGGGUUACAAUUGAUUACUUAAAGCAUUUAAUGCAAAAGGGAGAGAAACAGAGAGUUCUGUCAUUUAUCAACUAUCUCAGUCCAAAGUCAGCAGAUGAGGUACAGGGGGAGCUAAAUCUUCCUGCCACGGCUUCGCAGAGAUCUAUGCAACAGGGAACAGGAAAUAUGUACCCACCGCAUCAACAGAUGAACAAUAUGAACAUACACCAAAGAACCCCACAGCAAUAUGGCGGCCCAGUCCAUGGAAGGCCAAGCCCGAUGCCUCAUCAGAUGAAUAUCCCACAGAAGCCUAAUGCAACACCAUCUUCAUUUUCAUUGAGCAGCCGAGAGGUUUUGCAGCCAGGGAAUGCAAAUCCAUACAAUGGAAAUGGCAUGAAUUCUAUGCCACUUCCGCCACAGAUGGCCAAGCAGCCCCCCGCGCACGCAGAUAUGGCUCCUAAUAGCUACUUUGCACCACCACCACAGAUGGCAAAUACUCCCAUGGGCAUGUCGCAGGGAUUAAAUAGAAUGCCACAGCCUCAAAAUACAGUUUCUGCUGUUGCCACUCCAAACAUUGGAGGCAGGGCUGGGCCAAAGAUCUCUUAUGCAAAGCCACAGAUGCCAGAGGUGCCGCUGAACAAGGUUGCACAGCCUGCUAAUCAAGCUGCGUUUUCGGGAUAUAAUCAAGGUGGAAUGCCGGUAAGUGGUUCAAGCUAUCCGCCAAUGCCAAAUACGCCAUCUAGCGGUGCAAUGCCUCCGCGCAUGCCAUAUAUGCCAGGGCAGCCUAGACCAAUGAGUGGGGUUGCAUCAAAUACAGCCACUCCGGGGAUGCCUCCGCGCAUGGGAGUGGCAGGGAGAGGCGCCUAA